UUGAUUAAGAAUUUGACAACGUCCAAAUGUCUGCAAUCACCUGUCAGCUGAUUUUAGCUGGUUCUUCCUAAGCCUGUCUCAAGAGGAUAGGAAUUGUUUACUAGUUUGGCUUCUUACUUCUGGCAUAUUGGCAUACAAGAGUAUCACCUACAUUUCUGGUUUUUCAAUCAUGGAGACGGUAGCUGCUUUUUUCGGGGGUAACCCUUUUGCCACACCUAUCGGACAACGAAUUGAAAGAGCAACGGACGCAUCGUUGUCCGAUGAGGACUGGGCACUCAACAUAGAAAUUUGUGACCUGAUAAACGAACAGGAGGAUGGUCCAAGAGAUGCUGUCAGAGCAAUCAAGAAACGUUUACAACUUAAUGCAGGGAAAAAUCACACAGUUAUCAUGCACACUUUGAUAGUUCUUGAAACUUGUGUAAAAAAUUGUGGACGCAGGUUUCAUGUUCUAGUGUGCAGCAAGGACUUUGUUCAAGAACUAGUGAAGUUGAUUGGUCCCAAAAAUGAUCCGCCGACAGAACUACAAGAGAAAGUGCUGACACUAAUUCAGAGUUGGUCUGAUGCAUUUCAGCAAUAUCCAGAACUGCAUGGUGUAACCCAAGUCUACCAGGAAUUAAAAUCUAAAGGCAUUGAGUUUCCAAUGACCAAUAUGGACUUGAUGGCUCCAAUUUUGACACCACAAAAGACAUUCACUCACAGUGAAACUGUCCCUGCAGUCCGUAGUAAUCCAGUUUCAGUCAUUCAGCCUGUUUAUCAAAGACCGUCAACAGCUGACCCUCAACAUCCAUUGCCUGGCGUUGAUAGUUCAGCUAUUUCUGCGAAUCAAUCAAUUACAUUAAGCGGUCCACAGCUCACGAAGUUGCAGCAUGAGUUGAGCGUAGUGGAAGGUAACAUGUCCGUUCUUUCGGAAAUGUUAGCAGAGAUGAGUCCCGGACAAGAAAACCCCGCUGACUUGGAGUUACUGCGGGAAUUGUACUCUACGUGUCGGACUAUGCAGCAGCGUUUGGUAGAUUUGGUUGAUCGUGUGGCAAACGAUGAAAUAACAGCUCAUCUUUUAAAGAUCAAUGAUGACCUAAACAACCUUUUCCUAAGAUACGAACGCUAUGAGAAAAACAGACAAGCGGUGGCCCAAAGUGGUAACAAUGAGACUUUGCAGAAAACUACUCCACGACCAACUAGUGCUUUGAUUGAUCUUGCUGAUAAUUACCAGCCAUCUGCAAGCGCAGCGGCUGCUGCGCUCCCAACUAUCACUACUCAGUUACAGGGUCUAGGAUUGAAAAAUGCGGAUGAAAGCGAAUUUGAUAUGUUUGCACAAUCACGCAACGUAACCUACGAAUCGUCAAAACCUAGCGCUGGUAGUGCGUACGGAGAUCCAGACCAGUUGGAUGCCAGUUUAGGGACAAUAACCCAGCAGCGACAGCAAGAGGGAGGUAUCUUUGAAGGUGAUUUUCUUCAGGGAGUAAAAGACGAGGACAUGGAAGAAAUGGAAGCAUGGCUCGAAAAAGAGCCUCACCUUGCAGAAGAUGCUACGCUUACUCCUGCUAUGAAAGAAUACCUAAAGAAACGUUCCGCUAAACCAGAAGGAGCCGGUACCACAGGCGAAGAAUCUUCUACUCGUUCUAACGACACGAAUUUGUUUUCACUUUAACACAUUUGUUCCUUUUCCUACGCCUUUUUUCGCAGAAGACUGCAACUGCUUUGUCCGUUAAUUGUAGGCAACGGCUACAUUAACACCAACUUAUUUUUUUCUUUCUGAAUUUAAACCAUUUUUUUUAGGUGUACAUGGAAUUUGAUGGUCUCAGUCGGCUGGUUGGAGAAUCCAACCAGAAAAUUAUCCUUAUCAGUCACGUUAUUUUCCACUUAGAAAAAAACACUAUUUGAAGAUUUUUCACCUCAGCUGGUUGGUCCAGAUGUGUCAGAGCCCUCGUGUCCGUUGUUGUGCUGGUGUAUUUUUCAGUUCCUUACCUAUGUCCCUUGAUUAAAUAUUAAUCAAUCUGUUCGUCGUGUUGACAUUCCUUUGCUUCCCCUUCUACCUGGCCAGCUGUAGAUGUUACUUCCUUAACUAUAUUUAAAAAUGGUAUUAUUAUAUAUAUACAAUAAACGCCUUGUAUUACCCA